AUCGAUGAAUUACUUGCAACGACAGAGGACAACAGUAAGAGAUAACAUCAGUCCUCAAUCUAAACUAGGACGAUGCAGGUCCUAGAUAAAUGUCUUACAAUAAUAGAAUUAAACUUAUUAACAUAUUAGUAUCUACUCGGUUUCAUUAAGGCUGGAUUUACCUGAAAGGCAAUUAGCCAAGUAAUUUCAAAAGUUUAAACCAAACAAAAGUAUAAUGACUUUCUAUUUAGAUUGCUUGCGUCUGAUUCGUUUACUAAGAAAGUUUAUGACAAUAAUUGGUUUAAUUCCAAUGAAAUUAAGCUUGAGAACAUUGCAAAUAUCAGUAGUUUUCUUGAUAGUUGCAUCUGUGCCCUUUAUGCGACUCUGGAAUGCAGAGCAAUCAGUAUUCCAAAGUGAUAGCGAACUUUCACGAAUUGUGAACAUAUCUAGUCUUUUGGUUUUGUGGAUCGUACACAUUGUUAUACUCUUAGAAACGUCAUAUAAAGUCGAUAAGUUCGAUAAAAUUCUUUUGCACUUCGAAAAAAUUCAUAAAAACUCAUUAUUCGAAUAUUAUCGCGAUGUUCCGAAAGUUGAAUGCAAGGCUUUCCGAAUUUACUUUUUUAUAUGCUUGGAAUUCUUGGAGCUCUUGAUUUUGUCAUGGAUCUUGCAUUUGGAUGGGCUUACUUGGAUGAGAUGGAGCUUUAAUGUUUACUCGGAUAUUACUUUAAAGACAAAAUUAUUCGAGUUCAUAUUUUUUGUGAUUUUGACAAAUAGUAUGGAACAUGACUUAAGCUUUGCAGUGACUACAAUUAAAACUGAAAGUCGUACUGCACAGAACACCCACUGGAUGUCUAAACAGAAUAGUGCGCAAGUUUUGAAUACAAUUGGUCAAAUUCGCAAUGAGAUUUGGAUGGCCGUUAAGAUGAUUGAAGAUCUGUGUGAAUAUUCUCUAGUUGGAGUGCUGUUGAAAAUGUAUUGUGAUAUAACUUUUACCGCAUACUGGGCUUAUCGGAGUUUUGAAACCGGAACAACUCAUUUUUACAAAACCGUUUGCCUUCUGUUCUUGCUGUUGCGGGGACUUGUUUUACUUGUAUGCUGUUGGAUUUGUACUUCUUGUGAAAUAUUGGAACGUAACUUUAUCAUACAACUACCACAGUAUGCUGAGAGUGAUAGCAGUCCACACCUGAACACAAUCAUUAAAGGUCUUUCCCUAGAUCUCCUCCACAAACGAAUACAAUUUUCAGCUGGAGACAUUAUUGCAAUAAAUGUUAACACUCUGGGAGGGUCUUUUCAGCAGUAACGUUUGUUGUUAUUCUCAUUCAAUUCCAGAUGGACGGUCCCUUAAAUUAAAUCUUAAGGCAACUCAAAAAACUUUAUUUAAAU